AUGUCUAAGGGAUGCAAUAGACUAUUAUUCUCCGAUAUUUGCAAGAGAUGUUGGAUUUCGAAGAUAGUGCAGGGGGGUCGUCAGUUGUAUCCUUUAACUGAGGUGGUGAGUAAACUGUAUUACUCUUCAGUGAGCAAGCCGGAAGCAUCUGUGGCAGCUUUACCAGCGCUCGAAACCUAUUCUACAACUUCCUUUGUCUCAGCACUCAAGAAGCAGCCCGAAGAGAUCCCUGAACAGUACAAGUUUUUAGCUAUUCAGAAAACUGUUAGACUGUUCGAAGAGAGAUUUGUACACGAUAUCGCUUGUCUUUUGAAAGAUGUUGGUCAGAAAAAUAUUCGUGCCGAGUUGGCCGAAAUCCUGGAUCAUAUUAGCAUUACUAAAAUCCAUUCUGUAUCUCCUUCUUCAUAUGCUUCGCGUGUGAUCAGUAACAAGAAGUUAGAUGAAAUAUAUGAGGAGAUCAUGGGCGAAAAGCCUCCCCAAUGGAUCAAGCAGGAGAGCCGGAAAAGAGCCCUUUUAAGGAAUGUUUUGGAGGAAUCGGAUGCUAAUUUCAACGAGUAUAUUAAGGGACUUAGAGACUCCAUUGUUCCUUCUAUAGUAGAAGACUCUAUCGAAAGACAGCGGUUUUUAAAGUUGCUAGCAAGGACCCAGAGUUUGCUUGCAUCGUCCUCGUCGAUUGAGCUGUUAGAGAAUUCGUUUAAUGAUCUGAUGGUGGCAUAUGUUAGCACUUCGAAGCCUACUAUCUAUGCUAUGAGAUCCCAAGAGUUGAGUAAGUUUUCUUAUGUCGUGACUACAUUUCUUCUCGAUCACUUGGCUGUUGUUUCUCUGGAUAAUUUGGCUCUUUUGAAAUCCUUUUAUGAUGAAUUUCUUGACUCUGGUUAUUGUUUGACUCAUAAUGAGUUCAACGCCUACUGCGUAGCGGUGUUGGGUUUGAAAUGCGAUCAACUUAGUAUUUUAUUGGAUUCUGUGAAGAGAAUGAGAGGUGCAGGUAUAGAGCCUGACAGAGGUUAUAUUAAAUCUAUUCUUCCUGCUAUACAUAAUUGUCAAGAUCUCUACAGAGUUAAAGAGUUUAUUGCUUCCGAUAAUGAUCUUGUUGAAAAGGAUCUCUCAGCAGAGCUUUGGGUCAGAGCUUUACAAUUAUGUCAUGAAGAGAAUGAUAUCACAUGGUUUGUGGCUCUUAUGAAGGAAUACACAGAUAACAACUAUAAUGUGCUUGACUUCCAAACAAGGAUAAUGCACCAAGAACUGUUAGAUUGCAUGCUUUCUUUUGGAUUUUAUUCUUCUGCAAGAAGAAUAUUGACGGCACUUCUAUCAAUACAACGUGAUCCUAUGACAUCGGCGUCAACCGCUCAUCAUCAGCUAGCGCAGAAUUUGAUUGCUCUGGGUACUGUUCCCAAGACGUAUGUCUGCUCUAAUUUGAUACCUACAUUAAAGACUUUCGAGCCCUUUUUUCUGUACCUCUCUGACUUUCCUGGCUCCAAAGAAGAAAUGUGCAAUCUGAUCGACAUUAUGUUGGAUAGACGAAUACCAUUGAGUGAAAACAUCAUCUGGUACAUUUUGGGAAACAUCGGGGAUUUUAAAGGCUGGAAGAAAGUUCAGCUAUUAGAUCUUAUACAUGAAUUCUUAGAUAUGCCACCUUCGAAAGUGACCAUUCGUUACCCAGAAUUUACACGCAUCCAUAAGCUCAUUGAAGGUUAUAACUUUAAGUAUGUUCCCAAAAAAGAAGUGAAAAAAAUGUCUUUCACUUCAGGAAUGACUAGGACAGAAUGCCUUCAAAUGUUGUCCAAGAGUUACUUUCUAAGAUAG